GUCGUUGUUACAAUUUGAUCAGAUCAAAGCUCGUCGUGUGCCUGCUGCAGCCAUGUAAACCGCUGUAAUUCUUCACAAUGCGUUGUAACUUCUUAAAAAGCAGUGUCAUCGACGUGUCUUAACAUUGCGCCAAUAGUGUCAAGCAGAGAUGCCGCCGGCAAAGUCGCGCCCAGCGCAAGAAGAUUCACGAUCAGAUGCGUCGACUGCGAAGGACAGGCAGAACGGUACAGCAGCACACGUGAAGGGUAAGAAGAACGGCGUAUCCGCACUGCAAGGUAGUAGCCUGAAAGAGCUCGCACUUGUGCACACGGAUUCCGGCAACGUUGUGACGCCUGGCCAGAGCACUGGAAUGGCAUGGAAUACCGCAGACACAAAGCUCUUGAACAAUUACCGCGUCUCACAUCACCUCUCCAACCCUGCAGCCUUCACGUCGCCCUACCAUCAAGCAUUGCUCACCAAUCCGGGUCUGGGUCGCCAGUCGCCCACGAUGGCUCGAAGGCGAGAGAAGCGUCGCAUAUCGAAGGAGCAGCUGGCAUUGGCCGUACGAAAGAACUUCAACAGCGCGGCCGUGAGCGAGAUUGACAGUAUCGUGGAGUUUGUAUAUAAGGUCCGGCACCAGAGUAAGUAUUGCAAGCCGGAUCUGCUGUCAGAGCACGGCGUAUUGGCCUCAGGUCAGCUAACAGAAGCUACAGACAAGGCGUUUCGGAUGCGCUGUCUUCCAUCUGUGGCGAGAAAGUCAUAGACCCGUUUUCGAGCCAUGCUAUUCGGACUGGGUAUUGCGAUUGUCGUGGCGGCGUUCGUUUAAAGCGGUUCGUCAAUCUGGAUAUGGAUCAGACAGAACUGGACAUAUGAGUCGAGAAGUGUCCAAAAGCCACGGAGCUGAGGUUGCGGUUUGCUCAGCGGUGCGGCUUGCUUUGAUGCUGCAAUGGAUGGUGGUGUACGGUUAGCGUCAUCUCAUGGUCCCUCGAUGCGCGUCAAGGAAUAUAUGUCUCGCUAUGAGCUCGGAAGAUGAUGCCUCAUGCCGCUCGAUAACAAGACACAAUUACCCAGUAGCACAUUUCGAUCAUCUCAUUGAGCCA